CGCAGCUCGUAUGCUCGGCGGCCCGGGCGGCUAGAGCGUCCUCCUCCUGGGGAGCCGCGUGUGACCUUCCCGCCCGCGGACCGAUGCUGCCGGCGGCCGCUCGCCCCUUUUGGGGGCCGUGUCUCAGACGUCAGGGCGCUGCGCUCCGUCUCGCCAGGCAACAGGUGCCCCGUGUCUGCGCUGUGCGGCUGAUGAGAUGCAGCAACCCUCGAAUGGGGGAGGCCCUCGCCGGCGCACCCCUGGAUAACGCCCCCAAGGAGUAUCCCCCCAAGAUCCAGCAGCUGGUCCAGGACAUCACCAGCCUCACGCUCUUGGAGAUCUCAGAUCUCAACGAGCUUCUGAAGAAAACCCUGAAGAUCCAGGAUGUUGGACUCAUGCCAAUGGGUGGCACAGUGCCUGGUGCUGCCCCUGCUGCAGCAACCCCAGAGGAGGCAGAGGAAGACAUCCCCAGACAGAAAGACCGGACGCAUUUCACCGUCCGCCUGACAGAGGCAAAGCCCGUGGACAAAGUGAGGCUGAUCAAAGAAAUCAAGAACUACAUCCAGGGCAUAAACCUCGUCCAGGCAAAGAAGCUGGUGGAGUCCCUGCCCCAGGAGAUCAAAGCCAAUGUCUCCAAGGCCGAGGCGGAGAAGAUCAAGGCAGCCCUGGAGGCGGUGGGCGGCACCGUGGUUCUAGAAUAGGCCAGCUCUGAGGACUGGUGGACUGGGGUCCCUGGGACCUGACCUGGGGGAGGCCCCCUCCUGCUCCAGCCCUGGCAUCCGGGACCCGUGGUGGGAGCGGCUUCAGGGCAGAGCUCUGGCACUGGCUCUGCCACCUCUGCUCCGGGACAGACAAGGGACCUGCUGAGACACGGGGGGCAGCUCCUGUGUGAGCACCGGGGAGAUGAACUCUGGAACGUACCAGAGGCAACGCGCGCCCCCUGGUGGCCACUGAGAAAAAUACAUUGUUUGGGCGCCGUG